AUGUGGGCCCGAUCAUGGAGCACAGGAGCGGGCGCCACCACCUCGUCGUCGGUCUCCACGCGGAGGGAGAGGUCCGCGACGCGCCACGUAGUCGGGUCGCACGCCGCAACGAAACGGUCGACACAGCAGUCCGCGUCCAUCCACAUCGAGAAGUCGUCCACCUCCGACGGCGCCGCGCGGAUCGACGGCAGCGCGUCGUGGUCCGUCGCGGAGGACCUCGACGCUGCCGGGGAAGUUGGGCGCGAAGCCGCCGCCGUCGUCUGCGGCUCCCGCUCCAGCCCCCGCGCUGGACCGUCCGCGGAGGAGAAAGGAAGCCCGGUGGCUUCCCCUCGGUCCGCCGCUAAGCACACCGACGCUGCCGGGGAAGUUGGGCGCGGAGCAGCCGCCGUCGUCUGCGGCUCCCGCUCCGGCCCCCGCGCUGGACCAUCCGCGAAGGAUAAAGGAAGACCGGUGGCUUCCCCUCCGCACCGUCACCUCCGAGCGAACCAGCUCCGCACUGCGUGA